CCAGUCUUUGUGAUUAGUGAUCCAGGACUGAUAUGUUGAGGAUGAAUGUGCUGUUACAGGUGUUGGUGUCAUUUGAAGACCUGGCUGUGGACUUCACCAAGGAGGAAUGGCAGAACAUGAAUCAUUCUCAGAGGACCCUGUACAGGGAUGUGAUGCUAGAAAUCUAUAGCAUCCUACUGUCCUUGGGGCACUGCAUUAACAAGCCUGAGGUGAUCUUCAAGUUGGAACAAGGAGCAGAACCAUGGAUGGUAGAAAAACCCCUGAACCAGAGCCUUUCAAUUGCCAACAGAAAGGAUGACCUUAUCAAAACCAACCAGAAAAGUGAAGAAGUAAAUUUGAGGGGACCUGAUGAAAUACCACCUGGAGAGAAACCUCAUGGACCUAAUGUCACUGAGAACUCACUCCAAUACUUGGAACAUCUUAGUCAACAUCACCAGAUUCAGAAUAUACAUCAGGCUUUUGAACACAAUGGCCAAGGGAAAUGCUGUAACAGGAAGAGACUAUCCUUUGAAUGUGAGAGGAUUUGUGUGGAACAUACCUCUAAUAAAUCAACUGUCAUUUUAGGAAACAAAACACUGGUUGAAAGUAAAAAUUUCCAUAAAAAUGUCUAUCUCAGUAAAUGUCAGAAAGCAGGAGAGAAACUCCAUGGAUCUUUUGAGUAUGAUGAAUCUCUGAAUUACAAAUCAGAUCUUACAAUGUAUCAGAGAGCCGGCGCCAUGGCUCAGUAG